AUGGAAAAUGCAAAUGAUGUUGGCGGUGAUGAUGGUGGUGGUGGUGAGGAUUAUGAUGUUGUUGUCAUUUUGCUUGAUGACAAUGUUGAAAACAUUAGCAACAACAAUAAUAAUAAUAACAAGAAUAAUAAUAAUAAUCAAAUAAGAAAAAUAAUAAAGAAAAAGACACAACAACCCAGUCCGCCAUUGUCAGCUCACAUCAUGGCGUUAGAAUCGGAAAAAAUUGAUGGCAACAACCUCAACAACAACCCCAACAACAACCCCAACAACAACCCCAACUACAACAACAGCAACAACAACCCCAACAACAACAGCAACAACAACACACGCGAUUUGAUGAUUAAACGUGAAAAGCAACGACAGCAACACCAACAACAGCAAAAAUCACAGCAACGUCAUCAACAACAACAUGAAAAAAAACAAAUCAGCAUAACAGUUCUCAACAAAAACCCGGCAAAAAAUGGCACCUUGAACAAAAACGGCCAACCGCCAGUUAGCGAAACUAGCUGGAAGCCGCACAAGUAUUCAACUCUACCACUGCCAACGAAAAAAACAUUAGCAACAGCAACAACAUCGCCCAACAAACGCAACAACAACUCAUUCAAAUCAACAAAUUCAUCUGAAAUAUCAGACCUGGCCGAGGAAAAGAUUUUCAAAGAACCCGUUUGGACAUUUUCAGGGGCUAAGUUGGAACAUUUCUGCAAAAAUUUAUUGAAAAAAUCAAAAAAAGUGAUCAGGAAAAAAUCACGCUCUACUACUGACUUGAAAUCUGCAUCUAGUUUAAACAACAACAACAACAACAUCAGCAGCAGCAGCAGCAACAACAACAAUGCAGUUGCUUCAGCUAUGAAAAAAGCAACUCUCAGCCGACCAACCAGUGAAAAACGACUGAGAUUUGUGAAUAACACAUUAUAUGGAAGCUCAAAAAAAGAAGAUGAUGAGGAGGAAGAUAACAAUGAUGAUGGUGGUGAUAAUAAAAUUGGUGACGAAAGGGUAUUUAGACAUGAAAAUAAGCGUUGGAGCGAUGUUGCUGACAGUUCAAACUCGAAUAAAAUUCCAUCCGAUAAAGGUGAUAGAGAUAAAGUUAAAAUAAAUGCUAAAAAAACCAACGGCCUAGAUGAAAAUAACUCAAGCAAUCAUUACAUAACAGCGUACAGCAGCAACAAAAACCUGAAUACAAAAGAACAACGUAGCAGCAACAACAAUAACAACAACAUUGACAGAGCACCGUCAAAAUCUCAAAUAUCUCGGUUGUUUCGAUCCAGGUCCGCCAGUACUGAUAGAAGAAAAUCUGCAGACGCUAACGGUAUCAGUGUUGGCAACAAAUUUAGCAACAAUUUUGUUGGCGCUGAUAUUCAAGAUGGCGGCGACAACAAAAACAUCAUUCAAAAGUUGGAGAGAGAGCCUAGAAGAAGGGAUAGGUUUACGAGUUCCGCAAUUGAAAACACCAACAACAGUAGCAACAAGUUUAACACAAUUAGUGCAGUUAGCAAUAGUGAGCCUAGCACUAACAAAAAACAACAACAACAUUUAUCUCCGCAAAAAAUGACAAAAUUAAAAACUGACAACAACCAUAACAACAACAACAACAAUGGAUGCAAGAAAAUGUGCUGUGCCGGAAUUUGCUGCAGAUCAGACAGUAACAGAAUUAACAAUUUAAAUAACAACAUACUUAACAACAACAUCAACAACAACAUCAUCAACAACAACAGCUGCAACAACAACAACAACAACAUCGAUAACAAAGUUUUACCUAUAACAUCAUGUAAAAUUUCCAACACACAAACCCAGACAUCGCCCGUUAACACGUCACCUGCUGACAAACAAGCACCUAUACCAACAUUAAGAACUAAACAAAAACAACAACGACAACAACAACAUCAACAUCAAAAACCACAACAACAACCACAACAACAAUUAACUAAACCAAACACAAACACACAGGACCCAUCAUCGCCAUACUCCUUCGAUCACUCCACAAUAACUGACUCCGGGUAUUCCCUGACUACUAGUAACGAUUACCACGAUUUUGGUAUCGAUACGAAUACCGCUGAUACCGAUACGAAUUUCGAGAAAUCGUCACCAUGGUUUAAAAAUGAUGAUAUCUUAGAUGAUGGAAACUGUGCGAUGGAAACAAUCGAAAAUGUAAAAAGUUACAUGGACAAAUCUGGCUUUCCUGGCAAUGAUUAUUUGUUGAAAAUAAACUCACAACAGCAACAAACUCAGCCACAACAACAACAAAAAGUAGCGACGUCAUUGUCAUCACUGCUGACGUCAUCGUUGCCGACCAGUCAGAAGCGUUCAAAGAGUCAUGUUAAGUUACCGUUAAUUUUGAAGACAACGACGACGACGAUAACAACAACGACGACGACAAUUUAUCCCAAACUUUCAUCCUCCUCAUCCGGAAAUGGCGACGAAGACGAAGAAGAUGAUAAAAAUCUUGGUGAUGGUGGAGUAAACGAUGAUGAAGAUGAUGAAAAAUAUGAACGCAAUCUUGAAAUUGAUGCGAGGGCCAUUUUAAAUGGAGAAAAUCUGCCGGAUUUCAAAGUGAAACCGCAAAAUUUGACGGAUUUGACAGAUUCUAAGGAUGGUAUUAGUAACAACAACACCAACAAUAACAGCACUAUUGCCAUCAUCAACGUUGGCAUAAACAAAAUAAACAACAACAUUGGCAUAGACAAAAUAAACAACAAAAUUGGAAGCCCCAUGCGGCAGUCCCGAUCCAGAACCCCUAACCACCAUCACCAAAUCCACCACCAACUGCAGCAACAUCACCACCAACAACACGAACAACAACUUCAGCAACAACUACAACAACAGCAGCAACAACAACCACAACAUCUCAACAUCCCGUCAGCAUUCACAAGGGCCGAAUAUGAAAAGAUAAAAAAGCGUGGUCGAAGCGUCGACAUAAUUCUUCCACGACGGUCCCAGCGCCGAAAUCAGCAGCGCGAUAGACGCAGGGUUUGCAGCAUCAGUCAGGAACGCCAAAUUGUGACGACAACAACCAGGACCGAAACGGACACUUACUUGGCACGAAAGUCAAAGAGCGAAAAAGUUACGGACAAAAUGGCAACGGAGAUGGAUGAGGAGGAAGAGAAAGAUAAAGAAACAAAUAAGAAAGUUCCACCUAUGAGAGUCGUGCGCGAUAACUUUAAAAAUGAUGAAGUUAAUGAAGUUGAGAAAAACAAUAUUUUUGGUAUUACUGCUACUAACGAUGAUGACGUCACUGAAGCUAUCAAGCCACAACAACGACAAAAAAUACAUAAAUACAAAGAGCAAUAUCAGCUGCACAACGUCAUUCUGACGACGGCAGCAUCAGCGGACCUGCCUCUAUCUGACAGCGACACUCAAAUAAUCAUUGUUGAUGGCGACAGUGCUACUUUUCUUGGCAGUGUUAGUCUACAAACUACGCCAACCAAACAGCAACAACAAAAACAAGAAAUGAGUCAACAACAACAACAACAACAGCAGCAGUCUAAGAAACAUGGACUAAGCAGUCUGAACAGACCUUUAGAAGUAGACGUAAGUGAUGAUGGUGAUGAAAAUGGUGAUGGUGGUGAUGGCAAUCAUGAACAGAUUGAUAGCAACAAUCGAGACAAUGUUGAAACAAUUUGCAACAUCAUUAACUACGACAACGACGACAGAAACAACGACAACAACAAAGACAGCUGCAACAAAAUUCGACCACCGAAAAAUCCCGCCCUCUCAUAUUUCGACGGAACCAAGUGGUGUCCCCUCUCUUCCGAUGAUGGAGCCAGCGAUGACGACUUCCGUUUCAAACCGGAAGUAAAUGAUCCAAUGUCGAUGGUGAAGCAACAAUCCUAUGAAGAACAACAAGCCGACGCUAAUUUUCAACAACAACCGCUGACGCUGGAACAACAACAAAUUGACCAGCCAAUUAAAAAUCCUCAAGCUAAAAAACAGCAGCCACAACAGCAAGAAAUUCAACAACAACAGCAUCAACAACAACAACACUUCAAACAACAGGACCCUCCCAUUUCCACAACCCCCCAACACAAAAAGCAGCAGGAGCCGCAGGAGCCGCAGAAGCCGCCAAAAGAACUACAUGAAGAAGAACCUCAUCAAGAAUAUGAAGUCAGCGAUUUUAUAUUAUUCGAGCCGCUAACAACACUACCACAGCAACCACAACAACCUGCCGUAAAACACAUAGUAGCCCAUGAAUAUGGAGAACUCUACUCCAUAUUUCGGGAAAUCCCACAGCCUAUUUACAUGCUGAAAGCGAAAUUGCUCUCAAAGAAUCUCAACGAUAGCCCGAUUUUCCAGCAGAUGCUGCAGAAUUUUCCGGAGUUGAGACCUGGCGGCUGGUCGUGGAACCAGUGGGGACAAAAUAGACUGUUUCCUUCAUUUCCCAAAUCCCGUGAUGAGGCCGACAAUGAUGGUGAUGAUGAAAACGAGGAGGACGAAGAUGCUGAUGACGACGAUGAUAAUAAUGAUAGCAAUGAUAGAAAUGAUAAUGUCAAUGACAUUAAAAACAAUGAAGACGACGAUGAUGGCUGUUGUACCAACGGCAUUAACAACGUCACUCAAAAUAGCAAGUACCGAAACGGCAUGGACAAAUAUUAUGAAAAUGACGGAUGUGCCAAGUUUGCCAGCCGAGAUAAAAAUAAAAAAAUUAAUACCACUACUUCCGCUACUGCUACUACUGCUGCUGCUGCUGCCACUACAACUACUACUGCUACUACUGUUACUACAACAACUUCUAAGGAAGAAGUAAACAAAAGAGACACGCAAAGGAAUCGGAAUGUUACCUGUUAUGCGUUUGAACCACAGAUUGAACGAUUUUGUCUGGAGACAUUCUAG